UUCUUUCCCCGUGUGGCAUCAUCAUCGUCAUCGGGAUAUAAUCGGGGCAUACAUCCGCUGCUGCGGCUACCGGCGGUUGCUGCUGUUGCUGCUGCUUGCUGCUGCCGCUGUUGGUUUUGAAAUCAACCCCCCACACCAAAUGUCGGCGCCGAGGGUUGAACAAGCUUCGGCUGGCGAUAUCAGCAGUGGGUCCCACGCUGCUGGCCCUUCUCUCCAGGCCCUUGAGGAGAAGGCGAGGCGGCUGCUGAAGCGCCGCCGGUAUGACGACGCGGCCAAAACGUUUAAAACUAUUCUGGAGGUUGCACAAGUUCAACGAGAUGCUGCUGCUGGGCGGGGCCGGCAGCAGCAGCAGCAGCAUUGGCCGGACCCCAAGAGGAUCUGGUCCCUGGAGAUCGGAGCUUUGGAGGGCCUCGCCAUCUGCCUCAGUCGACAGCUAGAGUGA